AUGGGCAGAGCGCGCACGUUGAGUCGGAGGCGCGCCCAGAGCGGCGCGUCGGCGGACUCCCGCGACGAUUCGUGGCAGCCGCCGUCGCUCACAGCCAGCGAACGCGCCUACAUGAUCCGCAAGGCCAAGGAGGCGUCUGUGGCGCUUGUAGACCACGCGCACACCCUGGACGGUCCUGUGCAGUGGCACUACACCGGUAAGUUUCGCGGCAUCCAGAUGUACCGCGGAGAAGGAAGUUACGAUCAUGUGGGUACAACCGGCACCGAGUUCCUGUGCGGUGUGACCACGAUGAUGGGGUCUAUCGAGGAGGUAGCGAGCCAUUUCGACCAGCAGACAACGGAACUCAUGCUCUCCAAGAAGGCAGAGGACGUGCUGGACUGUGGCGUGCUCUACUCGCUGGUGCACGGCGACCCACAGAACCCGUACUACCGUGUGUCGGCUAAAUAUCAGCUUUACGAAGGGCCCUCCGCCUUCUCUCGAGAGCGAGACUACUGCUACUUGGAGUGUCAGAACACGUUCCGACACGCGUCGGGAAGAAGAGGUUGGGUGCUCAGUAUGCACUCCAUCAAGCUACCAAGUUGUCCUGAAGUGGACGGCGUCGUGAGAGGCAGUAUGUACCAGUCUGGCUACGUGUUUGUAGAGGCCGAGAAGGAAGGAUACAUGGACGUGAUGCACAGUCUUCAGAUCAAUUUCAAGAGCACUAGUCGGUUGCCGCAUUUCCUGCUGAAUUCGGCGCUAAAGCGACGUAUCCUGUCUGUCGUCUCCAUCAGUCGAGAGAUCCAGACGUCGAGAAUGGGACGCCAGACGCUACUGAGGAAGAAAGACCUGAUGCCCAAGCGCACGAGAUCUCUGUGUACGCUUUGCUCACGCAAAUUCUCUUUGUUUGUACGUAAAACGCGAUGCCGCGUGUGUGGUGAAGUGGUGUGCCAGCCAUGUGCGCCGCAAGUCAUGAUCUCUGCGAAGCGUGGCCCCAUCAAGACGCGAGUGUGCACCAGAUGCUACCACUUGUCUCCUAGUGACGAAUAUGAACCGGUCGGAGCGCUGCCUAGCUCUCAUAAUGGAGGCGACCGGCGACGCUUGCAGAAUGAGACACGCUACUCGGAUAUCUUGCAAGAUCAUCACGACCAUCCGGACUUGUACCAUGAGGAAGACGAGGAUAGCAUGGAAGAGGACGGAGACGAAGACGGACUUGAAGAGCAGUCGGACUACAGUGUGUUCGCCCAGUCUCGGUUCACAGAAGCGAGCCGGGACUCCAUGGCUGCGAGUCAGUUCAGUGCCUCCAGAAGUCAGUUUGAAAGCCACUUUGAAGACUCCAGUCAGUUCGACGCUACCAGCGAGCUGGACGACAGUCAGUACUACGACGGCGGCUCCAGCGAGAACAGCUUCGUUAGUGGUACUAGCACGUCGUACUGGCAAGGUGGUAAUAGCGCGGUAAGCAGUAUGGCUGGCUGGAACCAAGCUAGCAGUGUCAAACCUGCGGAUGGCUACAUUUACGACCCGCAGGCUUCGACGUCGAGCAGCAAUUUCUAUGGAGCAAGUAACUAUGGAAGCGAAUAUGGGGCGAGUAAAUAUUCGACUGAAGAGGAGCGUCGGAAGCGGCCGGAUAGAUACAAAGCAGCACCGAUCCCUGAAGACGAGCCGUCGAGUCAUCGUGGUUACAAUAAAAGCCCCAACUCGAGCUACGACGACUAUAAAUUGGCUCAGGGCUCCAACUACAACUCCACGCAAGUAUCCGAUUUCAAGGCGACGCAGGAUUUCAAGGUUACGAAAGACCCCAAGCCGGCGAAAGACUUGAAGUCUACAGGUUCUAGUCAGGGCAGUCAAACGUCCAACACGAGUACUGCGAGCAAGACUCUGUCAAUCCAGAGCCUGGCCAAGGCGCGCUCUGCGCGCUACGGAAUCAAGAGUCAGUUCCCGCCGCCACCACCUCCACCACCACUGUCCCCGCCACUGGAGGAGGAGGAAGAAGAAGACAGUCCUCUGCAUCUUGGAGAAUUAAAUACGGACAAUACUCACGGCUCUAAGAACCGCAAGCCCAAGGGGAUCGCUGCACGGAAGAUGUUCACUCCGCCGCCUCCACAACGAGAAGCAAGUUCAUCAAGGUCGUCAUCAAACCGCGAUCCCAAGGUGCCUCGAAAUAUGGCGUUCAACGCAGCUGUGGCCAACAGAGACUCGCGGGUGUCCCAGACAAGCUCCAGAGAUUCAAGACUGACCAGUAGUACCCGCUCUUCUGCGAUUCUGGAGCAAAUGCGUCGCAAUCGCGGCCGUACGUUCCAGCUUACUCCUGAAAGCGACCGAUCUUCGGCGGUGUUGAAGUCGCUGGAAGAGGAACACCUGAACCGGAUGCGCGAAAUCGAGCGGAUGCAGGCUGUGGCCAAGGAGAAGGCAGCUCGGCGCUCCAUGUCGUCAAACGGAAGUCGCAAUUCCAUGCGAAGUGCUCAGAACUCCCAGAAUGGUGUUAGUGCUGCUGUUGGUAAGGAACCGGAGCAAUUCCGUCGCAGUUCUCGUCGCUCUCGUGGUGCAGCAAGCUCCUCGACAGGCCCGAUGCCUGGUUCUCCGCCCGGAACGCCGCCUAGCAUGCGUGGCCGUCGAUUACCGAAUCCAAACUCUUCUUUUAACAGUCAAGGACACCGAUCGUUCCGUGGGGAUCGCUCGCGUCGUACAGAUGCCAGUAGCGACUUUGGAGCAAGUCGUUUCCUCUCGAACCGGUCGAAUGGCGCGUUUGCAUCGGCUCAGAGUGACGAUCUCAUGUUCGACUCACAGCGGUCUGGUAAACGCUUCGACUCGUCAUUGAGCUCAAGCAACAGCAGCAAGUUUGGUGGUAAGCGGUUCGACGCGUCCCAAGUUUCGGGAACUCACAUGACCAAUCAUCCGGACGAUCUCGCGUUUGAUGCGUCUCACCUAUCGGUGGAUAAAUCCAAGUUCUCGAGCAGUAUUGCGAUACUGGAGAACCCUGAUGGGUCUCCGGAGAACGUCGCAAUGAUGGAGAGACCGAGUCAACAGCGCAGCUCGAACGACUCACUUCUAAACGAAGAUUUACUGGAUCAGUCUUCAGCCGGUAUGAGUGACCACAUCAGCUCGAUGAGAGCUCGUGCUGCGUACAGGUUGCCAGACGAAGAAGACCGUCCGUCUGAUGAGCUACGAAAGAGGCAGGAAGAGCAUCGUAAGCGCAUGGAGGAGCUAUCCAAACUGGCAGCCAACCACGUCGUCGUGGAAGAAAAUGUUCGGGAUAGCACGUCUACGCUUGGAGGGCUGCACGACAGCUCGAUUAGUCUAACGCAGUACUCUGCGAAUCGCUUUGGUGACAGCACGAUCAGCUCGGCCAGCUCCGCUAGUUCUGUCGACAUUGAUGACGAAGAAUUUGACUUUGAGACGAGACCUCUUGGACGUACCAAGCGCAGCGGCACUAUCCCCUUCUCGUUGGAGGAGCUGGAGCAGGUUCCAGAUGUGGAAAGUGACGACGAGCAGAGUGAAGGACCGGAUGACUCAGACACUUCGUUCCGCCUGAGCGAGGAGCACGCAGAGUACGCGACGCCAUCGUACCGAUCGAGCGAAGAGUCUGCGGGUGUCGAGUUCGAGAGUGAGCCGUCGCCGGCGUACCGCCCCGGUGAGGAAUCGGAGAAUGAAGUUGAACAGAAGCGUGGAUUUGCCGCGAUGCCAUUCCGCUCAAGCAUCGAGUCGGUCAAACAGGAGCAGGAGCAGAAGAGUGGGCUUGCUACCCCAUUGCGUCAGAGCGAAGAAUUGGUCGAACACGAACACGGGUUGGCUGGUUCGAUGUACCGUCCGAGUGAUGAGUCUGUAGAGCAGAAAAGUGGAGUUAAUACCCCACCACGCCGUUCAAGUGAACACAAUAGUGGAUUUGCUACUUCACCACGUCGUCAGAGCGAGGAGUCAGUGGAGAUGCAGAGCAGCGGAUUUAACUCUUCGUCACGUCGUACUAGCGAGGAUCUGCAGAGUGGUUUCGCCACUCCUUCUCGUCGCUCGAGUGUGAGCUCCGACGAGCAUGAACACGAGAGAGAGUUUGCUAACUCAGCGUUUCGGAUGAGUGAGGAGUCUGUGGAGUCUGCAAAGCACGAACCUAAGAGUGAAUUGGCUACUCCUACGCGCCGUUCAAGUGAAGGUCUUAAGAGUGGGUUUAUGACCCCACCACGACGGUCGAGCAGUGAUUCAGCGGAGCGUGAAAGUGAAUUUGCUAACUCAGCGUACCGACCUAGCGAGGAAUCCGUGGAACACGAACUGGAACAUGAGAAUGGUCUUAUGACGCCUCCUCGUCGCUCGAGCGACGAGCACAAGACUGGACUUGUCACCCCACCACGUCGUCUGAGUGUGGAAUCGGUGGAGCAAGAGCAAGAGCGUAACAGUGGAUUUGCUACUCCUCCCCGUCGCUCAAGUGAGGACCACAAGAGUGGGUUUAUCACGCCACCGCGCCGCCAGAGUGAGGAAUCGGGGGAUCACGCACUUGCAAAUUCGGCGUAUCGUUCAAGCGAGGAAUCGAUGGAGGACAAACAGGAGCACAGCAGUGGACUUGCCACUCCUCCUCGUCGUUUAAGCGAGGACCACAAGACUGGACUCGCUACCCCGCCGCGCCACAGUGAGGAAUCCAUGGGGCACGAGUACGACAAUGGGCUCGCUAACUCGUCAUACCGUUCGAGCGAGGAAUUGAUGGAACAUGAGCAGGAGCGUAGCAGUGGAUUCGCCACUCCUCCUCGCCGCUCAAGUGAAGACCACGAGACUGGCUUCACCACCCCGCCACGCCGCCAGAGUGAGGAGUCCGUGGAGCACCAACAGCAGCAUGCGCUGGCUAACUCGGCCUACCGCUCGAGCGAGGAAUCUGUGGAGCACAAACUGGAGCACAGCAGUGGAAUUACCACGCCUUCCCGUCGUUCAAGCGAGGACCACCACAGUGGAUUCAUCACGCCACCACGCCGCCAGAGCGAGGAGUCCACGCACGAGAAUGAGUCUGAAGAUGCAGGUCAUCGCUCGAGUGAGGAGCAUGAAGCCACCAAGCCUGAGUACCGCUCAAGCGCCGACUCCGUGGAGCACAAAAGUGAACGGGGGUCAGACUCGAGCUCAGAUUCUGACUCGGACGCAGCGUACCGCACCAGCGAAGAGCAAGUUGCUCCUGAGAAGAGUGCGCCCAAGUUCCAGCCGUUCAGCUCUCAACUUGUACCAGGCGAGGGAAGCGCAGCAGUCGACGAGUUCCACGCUGACAGCUCACGAGUCAUCUCCGACAGCAAACUCGCUCAAGUGGAUGAACACGACGACGACACGCGCUCGCCGCGUGACACGUCGGACUUUAUCCCUGAAGACCACACGCAGACGCCGAUUUCCAGCAGCAGUACGGAGCCUUCGGAGCACUUGGCUUCUCCCCGCGAGUCGAACGUGUCGGCGAUCGAUGAAGAGUUGAUGAACCGUCCCACGAACGAGCUUUUCGAACUGAUUCGCGCCAACCGACCUAUGUACGACACAGAUGGGUCCCGUUCUUCCGACGUGAUGCACGAUCUAGAAGCGAGCCACUUGCGUCGAAUGGAGGAGCUGAACCGGAUCGCUGUUGACCACUUGGGCAACCGCAUCUCCAACUUGGAUGAAGAUAUGCUCGGUAGUGCAUACCAACCAGGUCGGUCCAUGCAUCCGGGCUUCCGAGAUGACAGUGAAGAGAUGCAGUGGCGUUCGUCCAGUGUCAUGCAAGAAGUGCAGUCCAAACACCAGGUUGAUAUGGAGAGACUGCGCCGUAGAAUCCGCCAGCUGGAAGAGGAAUGUCGCGAGUCUAUCGCGUCUGUGUUGACGCCCGAGGAAAUGGACUUGUCCGAGUUUGACAGUGACGACGAUGACGACACGUUUAACGGUCAUCGGAGCUUCCAUGCCAGUAGAAGCUUCAAUCCGCAGUCGUCGUUCAUGUGUGCGAGCGAUCUGAGUGCGUCUACGAUCUCGGAACGCAAUUCGGACGACGAAAUGGACACACAACCGCUGCCUGCGCGCAUAUUAUUCGAACAGAUCGCACAGUUGACGCAGUUGCAACGCGAAAUGUCCGAAGCCGAGGACGACGAUGAUGAGGAAGAGUAUCGCGAACGUAUUAAGGAGCAGUAUCGCGUACUGCAAACGAUCAAGUCUAACGGCGCUCGUCAGGAGCGCGAGUCUCUCAGUCGCGAGUCGCUGACCCGAGAGUCAUUGGAGGAAGAGAACUGGAUCUAAAGCCGGUCAGUAGUUUAUAUGCCAAGUAGAGUGGCGUGUGCACAUGCAUUUAUUAUCUGUCGUUACGGAAUUGCUUCCUGUAUUGCA